AUGCUUCGGAGCUCAUUCUUACUCCCUCUGACGUUCCCGACCCAAGAUACAAGCGAACUGGACGGAGAUUUCGUGGAUUUAAGUUGUUGCUCGGCCUCGCCAUCAUGUCUUACCUGCUGGGAACUCUCAUCUACCGCUUCUCAAGACGGCAAGUCUGACAGUGCACUACAAGGGGCUGCUUUCGGUUGUGAAGACGGCACAUUGUAUGUCUUCCACGUGUCCCCACAUGUCGGCCAGCAUGAGCGUAUCAGAUAUAUCCAAGAGAUUGUUGGAAGUCCGAGACUUACCAGCCGAAGCCACGUAACUGGAUUGGGUCAUCACCCAUCUCGUUCCGUUUCGCCGUCUUCCACACAUUCCAAUUUCUUGCCCUUCCCUGUCACCCAGUCUCGUAUAGUGUCCUCAGUUUCUAAGGAGCAAGUGGAGGCACCCAAAAAUUAUGUUGAUUUUGACGAGGAGCCGGACAGGCUUAGAGGCAUGCUCAAAGGCAGGGGUGUCAAAGAGAGGCAGCCUAAUGACCCAUCAUCACUCAAUGUCGACAAGGGUACUAUUGGAAGGCCAUCUCCUUCUUCUGGAAACAACUUGAAGCCUGUACUUGGAUCCGGUGCCUCUUCAGCAAAAACUCUGUCGGGCCCUCCAUCUCCAGCUCCCGAUGUAGAGUUGCAAGAAGCUCCUUAUCCAUGUCUUUUAUCACUCAAGUAUCACAUCUUACCUCCGUCAUUCGGUUCGGGGCAUGCUAUCACAGCUCUUAGAGUUUACGACAACAAUCGUCAUAUCAUUGCAUUGCAACAGACAGGCGAUAUUGCUAUAUACGCCACGAUAGACGGGUCGUGCGUUGCAUCAGUCCACUUGGAUGACGGGGAUAUUCCAAUUUCUUCCGUCAGUAAGGCCAGCCCAGCAUCAUCUGCUAUCUGGGUGUGGAAAAGCCUUAACAUUGCCGUGUGCGGCGAGUCAUUUAUUUUGAUCGCUUGUGCAACUCGCGACGUUCUCUUUUCUGGAAGUCAGCAUGAAGCUGACAUCGACAUCGAAGACCAGACACGGAUCGUUAUGUUUGAACUUCGAACCACGUGCAAAAGGACUCCAAAUAGUGCGAGCCUUGAAAAGAUAGGUGACUGGACUGUCGCUGGACCGGUGGAAGGUGUCGGCCUUCAGCAUGAGGGAGAUGGCAAGCUGACUUUGUUCCACGUAUUAUCAUCGCGCCGCCUCGUGUUACAGUCCUUGGCGCCUUCCGUAAAUUCGGCCGACAGCGGCUCGCAAGAGCCAGAUUCUUCCGCCGCUCCUCCGUUAUCUAACCCCUUCAAAGUGCUCAAGUCGUUAUCGAAGGCGGGCGCUCCCGAAGACGCUAAGGGCAGCUUUCGGGGUCACUUCCAAGUCAGCGAAGAGGUUGAUAUCGGAGAUAUCCCGCUGCGGGGAAGGAUUCUCGGAUCGCGAGCCACCUCUUGUGGCGCGGGAGUCCGCGCAAUUUAUUGGUCCCAGUCAGAGCUAUCGGUUUUUGAAUGGCACGGUCAUGACUUGAGACACCUAUUCACACAACCGUUGUCUGGUAUUCGUGACGUACAGUGGACCAAUGAAGAGUCCUGCACCGUUGUUCUGCCGGAUCGAAUAGAGACGAUCUCCCUCAUUGAGGUGGAUGCAAACGGCUCGCCAUACGCAGCCGUGUCAGAUACACAAGGACUAAUGCAACCAUUGAUGCUGCAGUCUGCGUUACUUCCUCCGUUAGAUGCAUAUUGCAUCCCAUCAGAAGGACAUGUGGUUUUCACAAGAGUCAAGAAUAGGAGGAGAAGACUCGAAUACAUGUCAGUUGACGCCGGCGAAAAUCCCAAGCCUCGUUCUAUCUGGAAAUCUCGGAUAUUCCCGUCCGCAAUAAACUCAGCAAUCCGCCUGACGUCGCUGCUACCCAUUGAAUUGAAUCACAUCAUCGUAGGUUACAGCGACGGCCUGCUUGGCCGCACCUCUUUCCGGUGCUUGAUCAGUAGCCAGGGUACCCAGGCAUCUGAAGAAAAGUCCGAUAUUUCUCUGUCUGAUCACAUCCAUGCACUCCAUCUGGUCGAGAACGAGCGAACAAAGAGACGGUUUGUUGUGGGCGGCGGAGACGACGGCUCUGUUGCAAUAUGGACGCUCGACUCUCUGAAGCUCUGCGCGCUCUGGACAAUCUUCACUACUCCUCUCGCGCAAGUUAUCCAGCUCCAUGAUGAAGAAGUGGGACGUCUUCAAGACUGCAUUCUCUGUAUAUCGCAAGACGGUGCCAUCGCAGUUAUCGCAGUUGACGCGGAAUGCCAAUUUCUUUACUUAGUGCCUGCGUCGGUCGCGCCCUUAAGGCGGAUUUGUCUUGGAGAGGGAAAUAUGCUCCUUGUGUAUGCAGAUGGACGAGCUCGCCUGUGGGACACUACAACGCGAGAAUUCUGGCGAUCAAUGGCCGCGGACAAGGCUGACGCGCUGUUGAGAGAAGGUGGUUGGAAUCACUGGUCCUUGGAAACAGCAGCCUCGACUUCGACUUCGCAAGUGCUCUCUGCACUACCAAGAGCUUCUGGAGUCGACUCCACGGCCACGCUUCUACUUGAUGUGGAGGCUCUAUUGCAGCAAUAUGGACAUGGACCGCACUCAGCUGAAACUAAAGCCUCUGCUACCAACUUGGAUCGCGAGCGUCCAUACAAGCAGCAGCAGCUCCGGUCCACACUAUCGUCGUUACUCACCUUCGGAUUGAGUGAGGAGAUUGAUGCAAUAUGUCGGACGAAACUUGGCAUCAAUGCGUCACGCGUCCGUGUUGGCUUGACGUCGGAAUGCAACGCUUCGUCUAUAUUCUCUGAACAUGCACCGCACAGUCCAUGGUGCAUCUCUUCGGAAGCUUCGGCGAUGAGAGCAUCUGCCGUCGUGGCUGUCUUACGAGCAUUGGCAUACGAUGAUGACCUUAUGCAAAAUGCGAACACAGUAGCCGCUUUCUACCUGGCUUCUCUUGCACAAGCUGUUGGAAAUUCGUACAGGCCGCCUUGCCUUUCCAUUUUAGCUGAGCGUUGGCUUCGUACCUCCGUGAUAGAGUUGCGCCAUGCGUAUCGCGUGUUAUUCGACGCUGGAGUCGCACAACGUUCUGAUGCCGAGACAAUCCAGAUGGUAGAAAAGUGGCAAAGUUCCCUUCCUUGUUUGCAAUUGGAAGCAGAUCGCGAGUCAGUGAGUAGUGCGAUGGCUCUAUUCAUCUGCGGCUUCAUUGCAGUAGAGAAGUACAGUUUUCUGACCACGAGCUCUCUUGCUGACAUCUCAAGAUCAAUCGCUCUGUAUUUGCACGAUGAUACAUCUCCCUAUAGAGCACUUGCCAUUGAACUUUGCUCUCGCGGCUUCCCUGUGUGGCAACAAUAUGUUGACGCGGUGGAGAUGCUGCGCGCACUAUUCACACUGGCCAUGUCAUCGAAGAAAGAAGCGAUUUCUGUGCACAAUGUCUGGCUUCUGGCACGCACGGCAAUUCUGCAAAUCAUGUCGAGUAAUACUCCGCUCUUCAUGACCACACUGACCAUUGAUAUCCUUCAUCCUCGGAGCGUUCAGCAUCGCAGGUCUACACUGCAACUUGUCAUUUUCCUAAUCCGCAAGAAACCUCUGGUGCUGUACAGCAACUUACCUCGACUGGUGGAAGCAGUUGUCAAAUCUCUUGAUCCCAACUCAACAGCCAGUCGAGAUGCGGUACUGGACUCUGCCACGGAGAUUUUGGGUCAUAUCGUACAGACCUUUCCCACGGUGGACUUCCACAUGGCCACUCAACGACUUGCAGUCGGAACGAGUGAAGGUUCAGUCGUUAUGUAUGACCUCAAGACAGCAACAAGAUUGUACGUACUGGAAGGACACAAGAAGAGAGCCACGGCGUGCAGUUUCUCGCCUGACGGGCGACGUUUGGUGACCAUGUCACUCGAAGAGUCUGUUGUACUUGUGUGGAAAGUCGGGUCGAGCUUCACGAGCUUCUUCAAUCCUGGAGCACCACCACGACAGGGACAUGGAGGCUCCGAACCUUUCAAGAGACUUGAUUUCAAUGUAGGGGAGGAGGCGCACAUGACGCUUGAAUCCACACUCGAAUAUGUUCGAUUCGAAUGGCCGACUGAACGCUGCGUGAAGCUAAGGAUUCGGGAUAGCACCUUGACAUUCUCUACCUAG